UGGUGUGUCCUCCACAGCUCGUUUCACCGGCCAUCCUGUAUUCCAGGAGGCCGGCAUCUUCAGUGUGGGCAACCAGCUGUGAUAGCUUGCAGCUUCACAGCCGGGUACCCACUGCGCAUGCACGUGUAGCUCUGCGCUUCAUGAAUGGUCCUGUAGUCUUCUGGGACCUGCCACAUGUCCCAAAAGACUACAGGGAGGGAGGACACCUUCCGCUUCCGAUCGCCUAGGCGAUCAGACCGGAAGUGGGAGCAGGUACCUGUCAAAUUCGUGUACCCGCUCCGCCCCCCAAAGGUGUCAAUCCUUAAUGGGGAGCGGGGGAACAAUCCUUAAAGCGGAACUUCCCCUUUUGGGUGGAGCUCCGCAUUUUAUAUUAAAAAAAAAA